CCUCCCGCCUCCUCGGUGCGCUCCUCACCUCCUAGCUGUGGGGACGCGCGGCGACCGUCCCGGCCGGCGCGAUGGAGCCAAGCGGCGGCAGCGUGGAGGCCCCGGGCCGCGGCCCGCGGGUGCUGGUGGUGGGCGGCGGCAUCGCGGGGCUGGGCGCGGUGCAGAGACUUUGCCGCCACCCGGCCUCCCCGCACCUUCGGGUCCUGGAGGCCACGGCCCGCGCCGGCGGCCGCAUCCGCUCCGAGCGCAGCUUCGGUGGCGUGGUGGAGGUGGGCGCCCACUGGAUCCAUGGGCCCUCCCAGGGCAACCCUGUCUUCCAGCUGGCUGCCAAGUACGGGCUACUGGGGGAGAAGGAGCUGUCCGAGGAAAACCAGCUGGUGGAGACCAGGGGUCACGUGGGCCUGCCCUCUGUGUCCUUUGCCAGCUCUGGGAGAACUGUGAGCCUUGAGCUGGUGGUGGAGUUGGCCACUCUGUUCCAUGGCCUCAUAGACCGGGCCCAGGAGUUCCUGCAUGCAGCCGAGACUCCAGUCCCCAGUGUCGGGGAGUACCUCAAGCAGGAGGUCAGCCGGCACAUGGCCCGCUGGGCAGAGGAUGAGGAGACCAAGAAGCUCAAGCUGGCUGUGCUGAACAGCUUCUUCAAUGUGGAAUGCUGUGUGAGCGGGACCCACAGCAUGGACCUGGUGGCCCUUGCGCCCUUCGGAGAGUACACUGUGCUGCCCGGGCUAGACUGCACCUUUCCUGGGGGCUACCAAGGACUCACAAACCACAUAAUGGCCUCCCUACCCAGGGACAUGAUGGUUUUUAACAAGCCCGUGAAGACUAUUCACUGGAGUGGGUCCUUCCAGGAAGCCGCGUCCCCCGGGGAGAGGUUUCCAGUGUUGGUGGAGUGCGAGGACGGAGCCCGCUUCCCAGCGCAUCACGUCCUGGUCACCGUGCCCUUAGGUUUCCUUAAAGAGCACCUGGACACCUUCUUUGAGCCUCCACUGCCUGCUGAGAAGGCAGAAGCGAUCAGGAAAAUCGGCUUUGGGACCAACAAUAAAAUCUUCUUGGAGUUUGAGGAGCCCUUCUGGGAGCCGGACUGCCAGCACAUCCAGGUGGUGUGGGAGGACACAUCGCCCCUGGAGGACACUGCCCGUGAGCUGCCGGCCACCUGGUUCAAGAAGCUUAUUGGGUUUUUUGUCCUGCCUUCCUUCGGGUCUUCCCAUGUCCUCUGCGGGUUCAUCGCUGGGCUCGAGUCCGAGUUCAUGGAGACUCUGUCGGAUGAGGAGCUGCUUCGGUCUCUGACCCAAGUGCUUCGCAGGGUGACAGGAAACCCGCAGCUCCCGGCACCCAGGAGCGUGCUGAGGUCACGCUGGCACAGUGCCCCAUACACCAGGGGCUCCUACAGCUAUGUGGCCGUGGGCAGUACCGGGGACGACAUUGACCUGCUGGCUCAGCCCCUCCCUAUGGACGGCAAGGAGGCCCAGCUCCAGAUCCUGUUUGCAGGAGAAGCCACACAUCGGACGUUUUACUCCACCACGCACGGCGCUCUGCUGUCUGGCUGGAGGGAGGCUGACCGGCUCAUUGCUCUGUGGGACCCACAGGUGCAACCACCUGGGACCAAGCUCUGAGCCCUCCCCCUCGAGCUCUGAGCCCAACUCUGCUCCUCCUGUGCCAGGGGGAGGCCGCACCACCCUUUUCCUGACAGACAGUGUUUAGCCUGGCUUGAGAUGUGGGGAUGUUCACGUAAGCAGGGAUCAGCUCUCUCCUGUCUCACGUCUGUCACUGGAGUCCGGCUAGGGCCGAGCUGGAGCUGGGCGCACAGUCUUCCUGGAGAAGGGAGACCUGGGACACUGACGCUGGCAGUGUGCACAUAAAGUAUUUUAAAUC